AUGAAGAAGCCGUUUAGAAAUAGGGGGAAAUCGGACGCGGGAGCUAAGCCCAUUGUGAAAGAGUCCCCUGCCUCAGACAAUAACCCAAAGCAUGUGGUGGUGGUGAUGGACGGGAUGAGAGGCUUCACAACUGAAACACUCAAGUGGGCCCUCGAGAACCUCAUCCCGGCCGGCUGCACCGUGACCCUCCUUGGGGUCAUGCCAUAUCUAAACAUUCCCCUUUCUACGAAAACGUGGCUUGAUGUGUGGACGGUGGAGCUUGAGGACUCAAUGGUGGUUGGCGGGCAAGCGAUCACUGAAGAGUGGAGAAAUGACGUCAAAUACUUGAAGCUCAAAGCCGCAUUCGACCUGUGCAAGAAGCACGGGGUGGUGCCACACAAAGAAGUGGUCAUGGGGUGUCCUCAGCGGCUUCGCGUCGUGGAGAAAAUUACUAGCCUUCAUGCCACUUGCGUUGUUUUCGACAGGCAUCUGAGGAAGAACAUAGAGUUCUACAUGGAAAGAAUACCUUGCAAGAUGGUGAUGAUGAAUCAAAAUGGAGGCGGAAUCAUGAUCAAGAGCCGAUCCCUCGCAAGCUCCCCAGUCAUAGACUCAUUGCGUUCUUCUCCGACUCAGAGCCCGACUCCAACCGUGGCAUUUCUCAUCUCUGAACUGCUCAGGAGAAUCCUUGAACAAAGGUCCUCGGAUGAAGACGACUAUGACAAAGAUCCUGGAAUGCCCCGAUUUUCUAUAUGA